UUCUAAGUCGAUAACAUUGAAAAUGAUAUUAAAAUGGUAAGGGAAUCCUAGUGCUUUCGAAGAAUUCAAAGAAAAAAAAAUGCAUUGAUUAGAUUUUAUUCUAUACUUCUGUCUGUAUUAUAUAUUAUAUUUUUUUCUUAGUAAUGAAGCAGAUAUAUAGUUAAUUAUUCAUGAUAAUAUAUGUAUACUGUAAAACAUAUAUAAAUAUAUACAAAAAUAGUAUUUUUAAAAUUUAAAAAGAGGUUAAACCAUUUGUCAAACUUCCAAAUCUUGUAUAAACUUUUAAGAGUUUAAAAAAAUGUCUUUUUUACGUGGAUCAACGAAUUUUGUAUGGUGUACGACUAGUGUUCUUGGUAAAGGUGCAACUGGAGCAGUUUUUCAAGGAGUAAAUAAAAACAAUGGAGAACCAGUUGCAGUUAAAACAUUCAAUCAGCUAAGUCAUAUGCGACCACAUGAUGUACAAAUGCGAGAAUUUGAAGUUCUUAAAAAAGUAAAUCAUGAAAAUAUUGUUCAAUUAUUAGCAAUUGAGGAAGAACAAGAUGGUCGUGGUACAGUGAUUGUUAUGGAACUGUGUACUGGGGGUAGUCUCUUCAAUAUUUUAGAUGAUCCAGAAAAUACUUAUGGACUAGCAGAAAGUGAAUUUUUGUUAGUAUUAGAGCAUUUAACUGCUGGAAUGAAACACUUACGUGAUAAUAAUUUAGUACAUAGAGAUUUAAAACCAGGUAAUAUAAUGAAAUUCAUUGCGGAUGAUGGUAGUACAAUUUAUAAACUUACUGACUUUGGUGCUGCUAGAGAAUUACAAGAAGAUCAACAGUUUGUUUCUUUGUAUGGUACAGAAGAAUAUUUACAUCCAGAUAUAUAUGAAAGAGCAGUUUUACGUAAACCUGUGGGCAAAACAUUUGGAGCAACUGUAGACUUAUGGUCUAUAGGUGUAACAUUAUAUCAUGUAGCUACAGGAAACUUACCAUUUAGACCAUUUGGUGGACGGAGAAAUAAAGAAACAAUGUUUUAUAUUAUUACAAAAAAAGCUUCUGGUGUUAUAUCAGGUGUACAAACUUCUGAAAAUGGACCUAUUGAAUGGAGUAGAGAAUUACCACAAAAUUGUCAACUGAGUACUGGUUUAAAAAAAAUUGUAACUCCAUUAUUAGCUGGUUUAUUAGAAGUUGAUCCUCAAAAAAUAUGGAGUUUUGAAAGAUUUUUUUCAGAAGUAACAGAUACUCUUUGUAGAAAACGUAUACAUAUAUUUAAUAUACAUAAAGGUAGCCUCAUAAAAAUAUUCUUGCAUCCUGAAGAAAAAUUGACUGCACUACAAGUACAUAUACAAGAUCAAACUGAUAUUGCACCUCAUGCUCAGAUACUUCUUUUUGGAGAUACAUUUUUAACAAAUAUCAUAGAAGAAUCUACUUCUGGAAAAGGUUAUCCAAAUACAUCUGAAAACAAACCAUUAAUGUUAUUUUCUAGAGAAAAUAAUAAUGUUGAUUUACCUGUGGAUACAGAAUUACCUAAAUUCCCAGUAUUUGCAAAUUUAGUAUCUGUUGAAAAUGAUGCUAGUCAAGCAAAAGUAGCUUGUUCUGUUGGCUAUGUCUGUAAAAGAAGAAUUGAUAAAUUAGUAUUAUGUAGUAAACUAUCACAGGAUGCAAUAGAAGCUUUUAGUGGACUUGUCUCAACAGAACUUACAAGAUUAUUAGAAAAAUGUCAACAUUCCAAAGAAUUUACAAAAGCUGUAGAAGAUACAACUAUAGCAAUAGAAAGAAGUGAAAAUCUUGCCUGGCAAGUUUCUAGAAAACUUGGAAGACAAAACACCUUAGAAAUAAAAAAUUGGAAAAAAGAAUUAGAUAUGAAGAGUAAAGAACUUCUAACUGAAUUAGCUCCUGCAGUAGUACAACUUCAUCAGAGAUAUGUAAAAGAAGGCAGUUUGCGUGGUGAAUGGGACAAUAUUAUUCGUGGAUUGUGGUGUCCAUGGUUUAACAAAGCAAGUCAAAAAGCUGCUACUUUAGUCGACCGUUUACGAGAUGGUUGGCAACAUUUAUUGAGAGAUAGAGCUACUCGUGGUCUUACAUACAAUGAUGAACAAUUUCAUGUUCUAGAACGAAUAAAGGUUACAUCCACAGGUCAAAGAAUAAAAAAUCUUCUUGAAACAUUUUGUAUUCCUUCUAUGAUAAGUCGAUCUGAAUGUGUUGCUGAUUGGUAUAAAAUGGCACAAACGGUUUUCUUACAAACUCAAAUUUUAGACAAAGAUGUAGAUAAUUAUGAACAUAUAUUAGAGGCAUUUUCUUAUCGUUUAUCGCACGAAAGUAAAGAACGAUACGAAAAUUUUGUACAUUUAAUAGACAGAUUUCCAGAGAAAUUAAAAACUAUUGAAAAAACUAAUUCACCUGCUCAAGAAAGUACAAAAAAAUGGAAAAAUAUUUGUGUUAUGCAAGAACAAAUUGCAAUGAUUCUAUAUAAAAAUGGUUUACUUAUAGAUCAACUCGAUCGUUUAUCAACACUCGACACUUUAGAGGAUACAGAUGAUUCGGAAUAUACAUCGCUCUAGCAAAAUUUUUUUUAAUUUUUAUUAUUUUUUUAAAGAGAAAAAGACUGACAAUAUAUUUACA